AGUACGGAGUAUGAAGCAGAUACAUGCGGAUGUUUGGCGCCACAAAUGUCCACUGCAUUGCUACUCGAUAAUUAAAAAAAAAACAAGAAAAUACUUGGCCCUGUUUGGUGAGCUUUUAGAUAUUGGGCAUUGUUAAAGGAUGAAGACGAAGAAGUUCAGAAACCAAAAGUACAAAGUUGAAAAAGCAUGACAAAUAUUAUAUUGAGGAUUUGGGUUUUAUUUUUAAUUUCUUUUUAAUAAGGUUGGAUUUAGUAUUUAGGAGAUAUUGAACAAGGGAGUCAUGUGAUUCAUCUGACCUCUACGUUUUCAUUUUAGGGGGGGGGGGGGGGACCAAUCAUAUUUUGUUUUCUUUUUCCUCAAUUGUCACUGGGUUGGGGUUACUUUUCUUAGUUUUGCCAAAUUUAGUUGGCAGAGACCAUGGGUCCCCCCAUUUUCGGUGAUAAAUUUAUACUUCGUAAUACACUAGAGAAGACGCAAAUUUAGAGGGAUCGGUGAGGGUCAGAAGUACAUAAGAUUACCCUAGAACCCUACAAUAAUAUAAAACCUUAUUUCUCAAAAAGAUACGUCACUUAUACAAAAGCAUGGGAGAGAAUAUCUACUUUUGACUCUUGAGACAUCACAAAGAAGUCCAAUGUAUCUUCAUGAAUAUUAAAAUAACAAACUAACACGGACAAGCAUGUAACAAAAAGGAUGAAGCAUCGUUAGGCCAUAAAAGACCAUAAUUUCACAUUGUACAUAAACUCAAGCUAGAAGAUAAGAACCAACAUUUUGGGAAUUAGCAACAACAUAUUCAACCAAGCAUAAAUCAACAUAGUCGGGUGACCAGAUUGCAGACUUGUAGAAGAAAAAUACGCGAGAAUUGUUUUUUGAUACUUAUUCUUAACUAGAAUAACAAAAUUUGUUAGGCACUCUAAUAUAUGUGGACUCAUUGGGUGUGGAUGGUGAUUUUGAAAGAAAACUCAUGACACAAAUCUUAUGAAAUUAGCAAAGCAAGUUAAAAUAACAUCUAAAUUACAAGAACCACUUAACAAAUGGAUUUUUAUAGCCAACCAUGACCAACAACUACUUUUCAAACACAAAAACAACCGUUGAAACAUCAGAAUAACUAUAUUUAAGUUCCCGUCAAAAAAAAAAAAAAAACUAUAUUUAAGUUUGGAGCAUUUUGGUGAAAUAUGUUUCAGAAUAAAGGCAUUUGGUGAAAUAAGUUUCAAAAUAGGGGCAUUUGGGUGAAUUGGAAACUUGGUUAACAGCGGAUUAACGAUCCAUUAUUAGUAAGGAUAUUUUGGGUAUUUAUAUGAACGGUGAGGGGGUAUUUUGGGUAUUUAUAUGAACUGUGAGGGGUAUUUUAUGAAUUAUUGAAAUUUGAUGGAUGUUUGAUGAAUUAUGGCAAAAUUUGAGGACGUAGAAAAAAAAAUACUAUAAUUUUGGAACAGAAAGAGUAGUCGCUGAACCAAAGAAUUGAAGGAGGCCAAAAUAUUUUCCAAACCUCUUAUUCACCCCAAAUCUCUUUUUCGUUCGAACCUCGAACCCUUAUGUUGGCGUAAAACCCUGCUCAGACACAGGCCGCAAAUGCUUAAACCCUUGUACUCCUAAAACAACCCACACUAAAAAGCUAUCAGCAACAACAUACAAACAACAAUGGCGCCCGGCAAAGCUGCUAGAGGAGGCAAGAACAAACCCUCAAAAUAUGGCAAGAAACACCCAAAUUCAUUUGCACCCAGAAAACCCAAUACCAAAAAACCCAAAACUAAAAAUGCCAAAACUAAAAAUCCCAAGAAGAAUAAAAUUGAAUUGAAGGAUAACCACCCAGUUGAAAAGGAUUUGAAGGUUGAAAAACCCAUCAAAACUGUUGUUACUUCCCAAAUUCUAUCACCCACUGAGCGUCGCAAGUUUUUUGUUGAUCAAUUUCAAUCUGCAAAUGGCAUCAAACUCUCUUCCCUCGAGUUGGAAUCCUUUAAAGAUUCAUACUUUCCAAAGUUGUCAGAGAGUAUCAGUCAAGAAACUGACAAUUUAGGGAAACAUAUCAAAGAUGUGUUUGGAUCAUCAUGGAAAGAAGUGCUUUGUGAACCGCAGCUUGUAGAGGGAAAAGUGGAUCCAGGGAGCCCAGCUGUCCUGGUUAUUAGCGCUUCUGCUAUAAAAUCAUUGGAAAUGCUGAGGGGGUUGCGGAUAUUGACUAAAGAUUGCCAAGCUUUGAAGCUUUUCUCAAAGCAUUUGAAAAUUGAUGAGCAGGUAGCACUUCUAAAAAAUCGUGUGAAUAUCGCUAGUGGUACACCAAGCAGGAUAAAGAAAUUAUGUGAAAUGGAGGCUUUAGGACUUUCACGACUCGAAGUCGUCGUUCUUGAUAUGCAUACUGAUGUUAAAGGACUUUCAUUAUUUACCCUUCGACAAAUCAGGGAUGAAUUUUGGGAUUUAUACAAGUGCUAUUUCCACCAAAAAGUCCUUCAAGGCAGUCUACGUGUUUGCUUGUAUGGUCCAAUACCGAUUCAAUCUGGUCGGGGCGAGGAUGAAUCUGAAGAACAAUAAGCCAAGUCAUCUUUGGUUAGAUUGUAUUGGUCGUUAGAGUACUGGAUUGUACUGUACUUGUCCAUAUUCUUUAUAGCUACCAUUUUCUUUUAUUGUACCUGCCCAUGUACUAGAUUUAUAUUGGGAAAGCAAUCUCAAUCUGGUUAAACUUAGAAACGAGAAACAACUUGACAACUUGACUUUCUGA